ACAAGAUGAUCUUUAAGGUCCCUUCCAACCUAGAAGAUUCUGUGAUUCUGUGAUUCUGACUUCCUCGCCUUCUCACCCGGCAGGUGCCUGCUGACGUCAUGCCGGGCGUGACGUCACUGGGAGGCCCGGGGGUGCUGGCGGUGCGGGGCUGCCAGGAGACGCCGGCGGGGCUGGCGGUGCAGCUGCGGCGCCCCGAGGCCUUCUGCCGCCUGCUGGGCCCCGCGUCCGUCCCGUCCCCAUCCCCAUCCCCGUCGGAGGCCCCAUCGGGGUGGGUGGUGUUGCACUGCCCGGCCCUGCGCCGCCCCGCCGCCCUGCGGCCCCGCCACCUCCGCCCGCUCCUGCUGGCCGACCACCUGGCCCAGCUGCUGCGUGCCCAGGGGGUCAGCGUCUGCCUGGUUCCCGCCGUCCCCGAGGAGGGGAGCCGGGAGGUCCUGCAGCAGCUCCGCGUCAACUGGCCCUCCAGCUGCGGCGGCUCGGACCUCCCCGACGCCAUCUCGGCCUUGAAGCAGGCGCUGGGCCAGUCCCCCUGUGCCACAGCCUGUGGGCAGGAGCCGGGCACAGCCACACUGCCUGAUGACGUCAUCUCUAAAGUGCACCUGAAGAGCUUUGUGGAGCAGCAGGGGCUGGAGGGCUACGACCCCAACCUAGACGUCCUUCUCGUGACAGAGGAGAAGCUGCGGUCCCUGGCUGAGCUGCAGCAAGCUGUUCUGCAGUGCACGGCUGAAGGCCAGGGGAGCUGCUGCAGCGUCGUGCAUGUGGUGAGCUGCGAAGAGGAAUUCCAGCAGCAGCAGCUGGAUCUGCUCUGGAGGAUUUUGGAUCCAGGAGCCCACACAGCUUUGCAGAAACACCUUGUCUGUGGGCCAGUGAAGGUGACAAACCCCUCAUCGCCCAUUGGGGCAGACCAAUACUUCCAGCUCCGAAAGCACCAGAUGUACGAAGCCUCCGUGAUGAAGUACGGGGAGCUUGCACAAGAUGAGGCCUGGACUGAGGUGAUUGAUACCCUCACAGUGGCUGCCAUCAGGUUUGAGAUGCUGAGCACGGCCCACCGGAGUCAGAUCACUCUGGACCUGGAGGACAGCAGCAUCUCCACGAAGGGAACCAAGAGUGGUGCCUUUGUGAUGUACAACUGUGCCCGGCUGGCCACGCUCUUCGACACCUACCAGCGGGCUGUGGAGCGGGGCACUUACCCACCUCUGCCACCAGCAUCAGAACUGAAUUUCUCCUGCCUCCGGGAAGAGGGUGAGUGGCUCCUGCUCUUCAACUAUCUCCUGCCCUUCCCUGAAGUCCUGCAGCAGGCAGCAGAGCUGCCCCCACCCAGCAAGGGCAUCCGGAUCACAGCCAACACAGAGAUGGUGUGCAAGUUCCUGAUCCAGCUCAGCAUGGAUUUCAGCUCCUACUACAACCGGGUCCACAUCUUGGGGGAGCCGUUCCCUCACCUCUUUGACCAGAUGUUUGCCCGCCUCCAGCUGCUGGGAGCCGUGAGGGACAUGUUCCACAGCGCCCUGGCGACAUUGCACCUCCCUCCUCUCAGCCAGAUCUGAGCCACCACUGAAGAGCUGUGCCACAGUGUGACAGGCACCAGGACAAUGUGCCACAAGGGGAAGGACAGGGCACGUCCUCCCUGGCAGGGUGAGGGGCUGCCCCAUGGUCAGGCAGGGAGCGAGGGGACACCUCAGCCCCACACAGAUGCAUUCCCUCCGAGUUCUGAGGGUUGGACGAUGCACACCCCAUGGCUGUGCCCAGCGGGGGAGAGGGGUGCGUCUGCCAUGUCCACACCAGCAGCACCCUGCAAGCUGGGCUGGGGAGUACUGGGGGAGGCGGCACUGGGGACCAGUCACCACAAAGCCAGCCACCAACCUUGGGUCCCUCAAAGCCAUUUAUUGAAGGCGACUCCGUGCUGGCAGGGAGCUCCUGAGGCUCCCAUCCCACCAGGCCCCAAUACUGGGGUCCAAUACAUUUGUUGCUGGACAAA